AUGGCUUACUGUUUUCAGAGUGGCCACCCGCUGGGCUUUGCAGUCCAGCUACGCCUCACACCAGAGCUCAAGCAGGCGUUGAUCAAUGCGCGGGCGAGCGGGGAGGCUGUGUCGUUGCGGUUCCGCGAGGACCCGCAUCGUGAGGCCGUACUGUCUGUGGCUGGCCAGGAGUAUUUCUUCAGCACAGCCCCCCAGGCGGGCCAGGUGGAGGUGGUGGAGGUGACGCCGGCUGCUAAGGAGGCCAGGAGUGUCGCGUGCGUGAAACAUCGCCUGACCGUACAGCGCUCCCUGGACGCCGACCACCCCCGACGAGGAGGAGGAGGGGGGCUGUCGGCCGGACUGGGGAGGCGGCCCGCAGGGCUGCUGGAUGGGAACCAGCGGGCGGGCGGUGCACAGCCCCGGACAGCCGCCGAGGGCGUCACACGACCGCCACCACCACCGCAAACAGCAGCAGCCGCAAGCACAUUUCGAGUCCAUCAGGCGAUACCCGACGUGCUGUCCAGGGAGGGUCCGAGGUUAGAGGAGCUCAUAUCAGGUACAUCACCAACUGCUGCUGGAGGUGGAGGAGGUGGCGAGCGCGGCCGCGGCGGCGGCGCUCGGUACGGCAGCGCGUACGGGCAGGGCGCCGCGGCGAAACGGAUGGCGAGCUGUUCGCCCGACCCGCGGACAUCGCCCGACUCCCUCAACUACAACUACAACAACCAGCAGCACCAUCCCGCCUGCCAACAACAACAACAACAACAGCAGAGUUAUCAUCAUCACCAGCACAGCAGCCCGGUGGGGGUGGGGCCCAACGGCGGCGGCGGUGGCGGCGGCAGGAGCUCAACGGAGGACGCGGCGGCAACUAGCGGCGCCACCGGUACCUUUGGAGGUCAGCAACACGCGGGCCGCGCCGCCGCUGCCAAGGCGGCGGCGGCGGCAGCGGCAGCAGCGGCUGCCAAGCCGAAGAAGGUUGUAGCGGCGCCAGGCGGACCGCGCGGCUUGCCGUCCUAUGCACAGAUGGCUAGCGGCGGCGGUGGUGGCGGCGGCGGAACUGGCGGCGGCGGAACUGGCGGCGGCGGAGCUGGCGGGGGCCAACAGGUAUCUCAGCCACUGCAGCACCGUCCACCGGCGCCACCGAAAGCAAGGCCGGCGUCUGCUGCAGCUGCCGACAGCGGCGGCGGCACCGCUGACGGCGGCGCCAAGGGAUCUCCUAGCCAUGGUAGGCGGCGGGCGGCGGCGGAGGGGCCGCCGCCGGCCAAGGUGUCGGCGGCCGCCAUGCAGCUCUUGUCCAGGAGAGGCUCAGAAGAUGGCGGCGGCGACGGCGGCGGCUGCAGCGUUGGCGGUGGCAGCGAAAGCAGGAUGGACACCGACGGCAGGGGUACGACAGCGGCGGGCACGACGGUGACGGGGGUAACGGCGUCGCCGGAUUACGAAUCCGCGCUGGAUCCGGAAAUCCAAGCAUAUGCGGAUCCAGAUUUGGAUCUUCAAGAGGACGACAAGGACGGUGAAUGGUACAGUCCAUACGUCGAUUGGAAACCCGAGCCGCACGCUGCCGUACAGUCAGUUGAGCAGUACGAACAGUACGAACGAGAGUACCGCAGCAAAUUCGAGGUUUACCAUCGGCUUAACCAGAAGUAUAAUGAUGUUGUACGGGAAGCAGACCAGUGUCGAGCGGCGGUUUGGAAGCGGGCGCGGCGCAACCUUCAUGUCGAUUUGGGCGACUUGAGGGAGAGAGUGGCCGAGUACGUCGCACGGCAGGGGGCUCUGCCGGCAGUAGCACAACCGCCACAACCUCUACAGCAGCUACAGCUACAACCCUCGUAA